GUGCACUCACUGGAGGUCAAAAACAAAGAACUGGAGCUGAACAUCAGGGAGUUUUGCAGUAAAACCACAUUUGUUACCAAAGAUCACAGCGCCUACCUUUCCACCAUCGCCGACCUGCAAGCAGAGAUCAUAAAAAUCUGCUCAGGCAAUCAAAGUAUCCUGCUGCAGACCGACAACGCCAAACUGGCAGCCGAUGACUUUCAAAUGAAGUAUGAGCUSGAGCUCAGCAUGAGGAACACGGUGGAGGCUGACGUGAUUCGUCUCCGAGGGAUCCGGGACAACCUGACCCUCACCCUCUGCAGCCUGGAGACGAAUGUGGAGAAUCUGAAGGAGGAGCUGGUGUCUCUGGCCAACACCCACAAGAACGAGCUGGAGGAGCUGCGAGUCCAGGGCACCGGUUCUGUGAAGGUGGAGGUGGACAGCGCAGAGUCCGCUGACCUGACGAAGGUCCUGGAGGAAGUGAGGCAGCAGUACGAAACUCUGAUGAAGAACAACAAGCUGGAGCUGGAGAAAUGGUUCAAAUCAAAGAUGGAAAUCCUUCAGAGCCAAAUCAUCUCCUGCACAACAGAAGUGAAGACGUAUCACACAGAAAUCUCUGAGCUGAAGAGAACCUACCAGGUUCUGGAAAUAAGUCGUCAGGCUCUGUACAACGAGGUUAAGUGUCUGCAGCAGAAUGAGAUGGAGGUGAACGCUCGGUACGCCGCUCUCCUCAGCCAGCACCAGGCCACCAUCAGCAGCCUGGAGGCUGAGCUGCAGGAGAUGAAGAUGUCCCUGGAGCAGCUGCAGAUCAAAUACACACUGCUGCUGGAGCUCAAACCCAGGCUGGAGAGGGAAAUCGAGGAAUACAGGAGGCUGCUGGGAGGAGACGAACUUGAACAGAGGAGGGCUGUGAUCAUCAAAGAAACCACAGAGGAAGUUGAAGAGCAAAAACCCCACAUCGAGAAGCGAGUGAAGACCAUCGUGGAGCAGAUCAUCGAUGGUAAAGUGGUUUCCAGCACCGAGGACACCAAAGUGCAAACCAUUCAGUAACACUGCUCCCACUAAACAUAUUUUUUUUUACAUUUAUACACACAGAUUAAUCAAAAGCUGUUUAUUUAGAGUGAUUAAUGUAUAAUUUUAAGUUGUCUGCAAACUGUUUAUAUUCUUCUUUCAUCUUAUUUUUCUUUUGGCCAGAAAAAUGUAGCAAAAAGUUGCCCUUCGUGCUUUUGGAAAAGGUGAAUAAAACAACUAAAAGUAAUAAAAAGCUGAAUUUUUAUGCAUAAA